AGAGUAGGAAACACAAGAGAACAUGAAGCAAAAAAAAAACUUUUCUCACAACAGUUUCUGAAAUUAUCAACAUUUAUCAAUUCAUCAAAAAAAAAAUCAUAAACCUUUAACUCCCACUUGCAUUAUCUCUUUCCCAAACACGAUCAAUUAAAAUAUAGUUCUUCUACUUUACAAUAUUCUCUAGUAUUAUUAAACUACAUUAUCAUCAAAUAAUGUAAUUUAGGACUUAAAAAGAGAGAAAACGCUACGACACUGUUUGUUUCUACGCAACCUUUCAACAAUUUCAAUUGUCCCUUCUAAUGCUACCAUACCCAUCAUCCUUUUUUCAUUGUAGAUUCUUCUAUCACAGUGAUCUAUGCUUGGUGAUGAUGGUUGCUGGAUUCAUAUUGAGGUGUUAGUGUUAGUUGCUUUGAGCUGUGUUGUGUAUGAUCUGUUCUUUAUCUCAUGCUGGAUUCAUAUUUGAUAGAGAAUUGUACUAGUUUGAAAAGUAGUGUUGUUUGUUGGAGAAAGAGAUUGAUUGAUUGAUUAAUUAGGGAUUUGAUUAAUCAGGAUGGAUUUCCAGAAUAAUAUGCAGCCCGAAUUGGGAAAAUUGGAACAGAUUGUUUAUCAAUUUCUUUUAAAGUCUUUACACAUAAUUUUGGAGUCAAGGGUACCGUUGUUACGCCAACACGAUAGAAGCGGUGACCUAUCGACGGCUUCUCGUGCGAGGAGGAGUGACAAAUGGUUUAAUUUCGCCUUAGGUGAUAGACCAUCUGCUCUUGAUAACUUGAACUUCUGGCAUAGGAAUUUGAUGGAUCCGAUGAUAAUUGAUAUUAUACUAGUUCAUGAAGAGAAUGGUUGCUCGGUUGAGACGAUAAUAGAGAGGUGGAAUGUUCAAUAUGAAUGUCUGAGAAAUUUGUCUCCUCAAACUGGUGACACUACUCUCUCUUUCAAGAAAACGUACCAGAAAUCGAUUAUACUGUUUCGCGCUCUUUAUUCUCAAAUGCGGCAUCUCCCAACUCAUAAGAUUUUUAAGCAACUAAGUGCACCGAGUCGCACUUGUAAUUUUGAUAUUGUUUAUAAGGUUUCUUCCUUUAGUGAUCCGUUUUCUAGGGAAGAAGGAGCGAUGAUGGGAGAAUAUAUUUUCACGCCUGUUGACGCGCUUCCGGGUCGCCUUAACGUAUCUGUGACUUACCGUACUAUAUUAUCUGAUUUCAACCUCGAGUGUUCAACAUCAUUACCAACAAAAAUAAUCACAGAUUAUGUUGGAAGUCCGAAUACCGAUCCUUUGAGGUAUUUCCCUUCUUCAGGAAAGGGUGUUCGUGCACCUCAGUCUUCUAUGCCACUUGAUCGUCCUCAUAGCUGGACGCCUGGAUUUCAUAAAGCAGCGCCUUUUGUACCGAAUCAUCAGUAUGUUGGACCGCAACUGGUGCAUCAUGGUUCUCUCAAGCCAUAUAAUUUUCCGUCUUCACCUAUUGAUAAUUUCAAUGUCAGAUAUCAUAACAAUCGAAUACAAAGCCAGUCAAGGUCUCCGAGUUAUGAUGAGUAUCCGCUUUCUCCUCCAUUCUCAUCCUCACCGUCUCCAUCACCACCUAUUCAUAUUGGCAAUACAAUGCAUACCCGAAUGCGCUCUGAAACAGCUCCUGUGACUAUACCUCAUCCAAUAAUAAGCAGAAGCUCUAGAAAUCUUUCUCCUAGUUUUUCAGAUCCUAAUAGAAACUCCCUGCCACCUUUAUCUCCUAGAAGGAACGAUACAUCGUCACACGAGUCUCCAUCAGGAAUCAGGUCAUUCCGGAGAAUAGAAUCUCUAAAAAUCGGUCAAAAGAUUGUACGAGAUAGCAAGGAUGAUUCAGGGCGGUUCUCAGGGUUGUUAUCGUCAAGUGACUCACCACGUGUUGGAGUUUCUACAACCUCAAGUAGAUUAUCUUCUCAGGAUGACUUGGACGAUGGUGACUUUUCGUGUGCUUUUGAUGUUGAUGAUGUGGACCCUCCAGAUGUUCUGUCGAGCCACAAUGUGGAUGGAAAGAGUGCUUUGGGGUCGCCUUCGACGUCAUUACCAACAGGGAGAAAAUCACAAGAUGCUGCUGUUGGUGUUCUUGUGCAAAUGCUUAGAACAGCGCCUCCUUUGCGCCAAGAUUCGAGUUGUUAUUCAUCACAUUCCUUGAAAGCUGAACUCGACAGAGGAGUUGCUGCUGAUUCCGGAUUCUUCGUCCCUCGAAAGACAACCGACGCACUCGAAGAGCUAAGGAGUUACAGGGAAAUGAGAGACCUUCUUGUUUCUAAGAGCGGUGCUCGGAUCCUGAAAUGAAAUGAAAGUUAAGCAUAUGCUCAAGUUAUAUAGAACAAAUGCAUUGAUGGUUUUUGUACAUAUAUUGACUAUAUAUGAUUGGUUAGAAACACCAAAGUUAUUAUGUUAUCACGAUUAAAAUACUUCUAAUUUUUAUAAUUUUUACA